AUGAUCUCAUCUGACGGCCUUGUGGACUGGAAAGCCCCCGCCGUGACCAUGUCUGCCUGCCUGGUGGACGUGUCGGACUUCCCGUUCGACAGGCAGGAGUGUCCGCUGAAGUUCGGCUCGUGGAAUCACGACGGACGCCAUAUUGAUUACUUCAGCAAGAACGACGUGGGAGACCUGGCCAACCUAAUCCGAAACGCAGAAUGGGACGUGACAAAAUUAGUCGCCAAAAGAAGCAACCCUCUGUACAACGGUGUUCCGUACCCUGACGUCACCUUCACCAUCCACAUGACCCGGCGGUCCAUGUUCUACGUCAUCAACAUGUUUCUCCCCUGCGUCCUGCUGGCCUUCGUGGUGGGGGCGACCUUCUACCUGCCGCCCGACUGUGGGGAGAAGAUCUCGUUCGGCGUGGCGGUCCUGCUGUCCCUGGCGGUCUUCCAGCUUCUGGUGGCGGAAACCGUGCCUCGGUCGGAGAACAUCCCGGCGAUAGGUCGGUUCAUCUUCGUGUCACUGGCCCUCAUGGCGCUCUCCCUUCUGUCCACCGCUUUCGUCAUCACGUUGGGAGACUCCGUCCAGGACAGCAAACCCGUUCCAGACUGGGCGAGGAAGGUGUUCCUCAAGUACGCCUCUAAAGCACUCCUCAUGGGGGACCAAUCCAAAAACAAAUGGGAGGCACGUUUGUGCAACCCUCCAUCCAAGCACGUGGAAAACGGCGAGAUAUACAGUAACGGCAUUCCUACCGACACCAAGCCGAAACCAACGGUUUAUCUCCCGGCUAAAUCAAUCCUAAAGACCGCGGCAUCGACGAAGAAGCAGUUGGAGUGUCUACUGCAAAUCCAAGGCGCUGUUGAGGAGAUCUCCGGGUACCUGAAGAAGAUGGAUAUGGUGAAAACCAUCCACAAUGAUUGGAAGACUCUGGCGUUAGUGGUGGACAGGAUCUUCCUCGUUUUAUACCUCAUUGCCUCUGUCAUCACCCUCGUGGUUACCUUGCUCAAUGUCAAUGGGAACAAGUGA